GUGUCUUUUUUGUGUGACGUUUGUUUAGAUUUACUUUGAGUGUAGUAUAUGUUUAUUUAUUCCGAAAAUAAUUUUACUUCGAUUUACUAUAUUUUCGACUCGUAUAAUAUACAAUGUGGCUUUUAGUAUGUUCGUAUGCUUUGUUAGGAGCGAUCUCAGUGGAAGCUGCUUGGCAGGAGAACGUACGGCCAAAAAUGUACGUCCAAUUAGGAGCGGAUGAUGUUUACAAAUUUGCUGGAAAUGAAACUCACACAGAUUUUUUCAAAUUAGUACUUCGAGAUCGAAAUAAUUUACUUAUUGGUGGCAGAAAUAUUGUGCACAAUCUCAGCUUAGCUGACCUGUCUGAGCAGCAACGUUUGACCUGGUUCUCUUCGGAAGACGAUAUCAAAAUGUGUAUUAUGAAGGGAAAAGAUGAGGAUAACUGUCAAAAUUAUGUACGCAUAUUAGAGAUGAAAGGACCUAACAAACUGUUGGUCUGCGGUACAAAUUCUUUUAAACCGGUAUGCCGCACGUAUAUGGUACAGCAGGGAAAUUAUAGUAUUGAAUCCGAAAAGACUGCCCUUGCUGUGUGCCCUUACGACCCGCGACAUAACUCUACGGCUGUGAUAGCAGAUGAUGACCUCUAUACGGGCACUGUGGCUGAUUUCAGUGGCAUGGAUCCUAUCAUAUAUAGAGAACCUCUUCAAACGGAACAAUAUGAUUCCAUGAGCCUUAAUGCUCCCGAUUUUGUUAGUUCGCUUACUCAGGGCGAUUUUGUUUACUUUUUCUUUCGGGAAACUGCUGUAGAAUAUAUUAAUUGUGGAAAGGCUGUGUUUUCUCGUGUUGCGCGUGUUUGCAAGUAUGACAGAGGAGGACCGCAUCGAUUUAGAAACCGUUGGACUUCGUUCCUAAAGUCACGACUUAACUGUUCAGCACCUGGAAACUUCCCUUUUUAUUUCAAUGAAAUUCAAUCUGCAACUGAGUUGAUUGAUGGUGUGUAUGGUGGUACAUCCUCUCAAUUAAUUUAUGGUACUUUUACAACGCCGCCGAAUAGCAUAUCUGGUAGUGCCGUUUGUGCGUUCUCACUUCAAGAUAUCACCGACACUUUUGAAGGAAACUUUAAGGAGCAAACAGCUCUUAAUUCCAAUUGGUUACCAGUAAAUAGUGCCAAGGUACCUGAACCAAGACCUGGUUCUUGCAAUAAUGAUUCAAGGUCUUUACCAGAUACUACUCUAAAUUUCAUAAAAACGCAUUCCCUAAUGGACGAAUCUGUUCCUACGUUCUUUGGGGAGCCAAUUGUGAUACGAACUAGCUUUCAUUACCGAUUCACCCAAAUUGCUGUUGAUCCACAAAUCAGAACUCCAGGUGGAAAAACAUAUGAUAUAUUAUUUAUUGGAACAGAUAAUGGAAAGGUAAUAAAAGCGAUCAAUGCAGAUGCAGCAGAUUCCAGUAAACGCGUUAAUCCAGUUGUAAUUGAGGAAAUGCAAGUAUUUGCACCAAAUGUGCCAAUCAGAAAUUUAAAAGUUAUGCAGAGUUAUGGUUCUGAAGAUGGAAGAUUAGUUGUUGUUGCAGAUAAUCAAGUUCAAGCGCUCAAACUACACAGAUGUAAUAGCAAUAAAAUAAGUUCUUGCAGUGAGUGUGUUGCAUUGCAAGAUCCAUAUUGUGCCUGGGAUAAAUUAAAAGGAAAAUGUAAGGCUUAUGGUGACCCAAAUUGGCACGAAGAAACUCUAUUCUAUCAAAAUAUUGCAACAGGUCAACAUGCUGCAUGCCCAAUAAGUGGAAAAGAUGCCAGUAGUGUUGGAGGAUUGAGUUCAAAUCAGCCUAAGUCAUAUAUACAUUCAGAUAAUCAGCUACCCAGCAAAGACCAACCUGACGGUGAAGUUAUAAACAUUAUGCAAGACAAAGAGUAUGAGAACAAUGGACCUUCAGUGACACCUGCAGAUUCUUUGCCUCUUCAAUAUUCUGUUGAAACUUUAGUAAUGGCUGUGGUAGCUGGCGCUGUGUGUGCUCUCCUGAUGGGCUUCGUCACGGGAUAUUUCUGUGGAAGAAAGUGCCAUAAAGACGAAGAUGACAAUUUACCAUAUCCUGAUACAGAAUAUGAAUAUUUUGAACAGAGACAAAAUAUUAAUAGGAUUCAGACGGAACCAAAGCUCUUACCGCAAGUAGAAGAAGUUACAUAUGCCGAGCCUGUAUUGAUGCCUCAGCCGCCAUCCAAGGGUCCACCCUCUCCUCGUGGUACACUUCGCAAACCAAGCCUUCGUGACCCUUGCGAGCCGCGGGAGGCGCGCGAUGCACGUAACUUGCCGCCAGCUAAUGCUGACAUGCUCUUCCAGUAUCAGACUGACGGCGGAUACAACGCGCGUGACUACAGAGCUCGCGAUAAUUUUGGAACCUUACGCUCACAUCAGGGUGAUCAGUACCGAAGAGGAGAGGGAUUCUCAACAACACGAAGUGUUAAAAAGGUUUAUCUCUGAGAAACAAGCGAGGAGGCGGCACAUAUUGGAAUAGGUGGGAGAAGCCUGUCGCGGCCUCGGCACCGACAG